AUGAGAUCUUCGAUUCUGGUCGCCGCUGGCGCAGCAUCGCUAGCUAUGGGCAGCCCUGUAGAAAUGAAGAAGCGGGCGAUAGAAACCCAAUGGGUCACAGACUACUACACAGUUACUGUUACUGGUGGCCAGCCCAAGCCAACCUUUUUGGCCCCGAAUGAACUCCCUGUAGACUCAGCCCCUCCUGCACCUGUUGCUGCACCUGUUGUCACUGAGAGCCCCGAGGCACCCCCGUCGCCCCCGAAGCCAACCGUCGUGGUUGUUACCCAAACCUACCAGGCUUCUCCUCCCCCUGCGGAGACCACCCAGUCGCCAGUCGAACAGUAUCCUACCUCUUCGCCUUCGCCUUCGCCUUCGCCCACUCCUUCGCCCACCCCCGAGCCAUCUCCUGAGUCAUCUUCCAAGGCCGAGCCGGAAUCAACUCCUGAGGCUCAACCUGCACCUGCCACGGAUUUCAUUGGUCUAGCAGUUCAGCACCACAACUACCACCGCUCGAACCAUUCUUCCCCAGAACUGAAGUGGAGUGACAAGCUUGCUGGUUACGCCUACCAGACUUCCCUUUCCUGCAAAAUGCAGCACGACAUGGACCAAGGUGACAAGGGUUACGGCCAGAAUUUGGCUAACUGGGCUACGAGCGCAGACGCCUACAAGCUGGGCGAUACCGGUGCUAUCAAGAUGGCCGUCAGUGAUAUGUGGUACAACGGAGAGUUCAACAGCUUCCUUCCGGACUACUACGGCGAGGCGUCCCCCGAUAUGACGAACUUUGAGAGCUGGGGUCAUAUGUCUCAGUUGGUUUGGAAGGCUUCGACUGAGGUUGGCUGCUCUUCCCACUACUGCGAGCGGGGAACUAUGUACGAUGACUUCGACGCUUGGUUCACCGUCUGCAACUACAGCCCCCCUGGAAACGUCGGUGGUGCUUACGCCGCUAACGUCCUCCGACCUCUCGGCAAGGCUACCGUUACCGCAUAAGUUAGCGUCAGGUUUGCAUUACGUUUUGGGCAGUAUAUCGCUAGUAAAAGCAAUACGUGCCGAGCAAAAUCUCCUUCGAUUCUUCAGUGUAUAAACGAAUACACAAAUUUUACAGAACCAGCACUCGCAGUAUGAUUGUUGAUGACACAUGGAAAAACCGGCGUGAAUGGGGGCACCAGGGAAAGGAUGGUCCUGGAUUUCUUUUUUUUUUUUUAUAGCAUUUCUUCGAUUCGUUGUUGGGCUUCGUGCCAUUACACCUUUUCAUUCCUGGUCAGACUUGUCGUAUCUAGAAUAUGGCCUUGCAUUCACCUGCGGAGUUGGACGUCUAUUCCCGCAAUGCGUUCAACCAAGUCUGGCCUAUUUAUCAACCAAACCUCAUUUUCGCUUCUUGUACCUUUUUUCUUACAUGUUCCACAUUUCCCAACAAGUCAAGAGGAGGCAGUGCUCAAAUUUGAGCGCUCUGUCCUAGGUUCUUAAAGUCCGGGAACAUGCGGCCGAGCCGAUCACGUUGUGGAACAAAACCAGGCCCGUAUAUUCGUUGUAUGUAGAAUCCAUUCGAUACUAACGAAGACUUAUGAACUGCAUAGAGCAAUUCUAUAUGAGGAUCGUACGAAAUUUUAUCAGUUUACUCAAAUCAUUGAUGAAUAUUAACGGUGAU